AUGGUUUCACUAUGGCCCUUUGGCGGCGACAACUCUCCUGGUGCCUUUGAAAAGAAACUCUCCUCCCUCGCGACUCAAAUACUCGACCACGAGAAACGACUUAUUCGUUUGCGAACUAGAGGAAGGCGAAUAAAAGGCCUCUGGACUCUCUACACGCUCAUCGCUUGGGUUAUCUAUGCUAGUAUCCUUACUCUUGUCGUCAGACUCGAAAAUGCCAACAUUUACCAGAUAGGUGUCCUUGGGGGCUCUCCUUUCGUGGUCUACGUCAUCCGUCAGGGCAUCAAACGGUACUACGAGUGGAGGGUUCAUAAUGUGGACUCCUCACUGGAGACAUACCGUGAACAGCAGAAGGAGACUAUCGAGAAGUUGAAGGCCGUCACGAAGUACGAUUCUACCCAAGCCUUGCUGGACAAAUACACAAAGACCGCUACUGCCACCGGUGCCGAACCGAACCAUCCUCCCGUACCGCAAGGAAAUGGACCCAACCAAGCACGCACUGGUCCUCAACCUAAUACCCCGCCAGCAACUUUGAGGAAAAGACAUGGGUCGGCCCAAAAAGGCCAGAAAGGAACCAUUACAGAGCAAUCCCCAAAUCAGCUCCAGGCAGAGCAAAAACGCGAUGAUCGUCCUGGAACGCCCCUUAUACACGAAAUCCCACCACACGAACUCCCCCCGCAUGAAUUUCCCCCACCCGAAGGGUUCCCACCGGGCCUACUCCCCCCUCACAUGAUGGGUGGUGGGGUACCCCCAGUCAUGGGUGGUAUACCGAUGGGCCAGUUCAUGCCCCCACCACCUGAAGAACCAAGACAACCACAAUGGUACGACCGUUUCUUAGAUGUUCUACUAGGCGAAGAUGAAAUGUCUGCCAAAAAUCGCUACGCAUUGAUCUGUUCCAAUUGUAGACAGGUCAACGGUCUUGCUCCACCAGGCACCUCUAAUGUUGAAGAUAUCCGAUACAUUUGCGGCCGGUGUGGCGCAGAAAACGGCAAACCCGAGGUCAAAGAGCUUAUUGGAAAGGUUGCUGAGGAACAACAGCAAGAGACGGCAAAUGCUAGGACCACGAGGUCGAAGUCAAAGAAAAAGUCAAAACCCACCAAAGGGGAUAGAGUUGUGUAUCAAGAUGACUUAGAGGAUCCCGAAGAAGGAACCACGGACGGGGAAUUCAGGGGUUCGGACUCCUCCGGAUCUGGUAUCGAGGAGGCUGUGGUAGUCAAGAAGAAGAAGGGUAGACCAAGUAAACGAAAGGGAUAG